CCACAAUAGUUCGCUCUCCUUGAUAUGCUGAUCAUUCGCUUGAUUAAUUUUGAAAGCGAACGAGUUUACUAACUCCUCCAAAGCGGCCUCCUUAAGAUGACAAUAGGCCUAGAAUUCGCAAGGGUCUUGCACGAAGGGACAGCCAAUAGGACGAGCUGAGAAGAAGCUAGGUCUCGUAUGUCUCAUAAACUGGGAGACCCCAAUUUUGAUAGAAAGUUCGACCAGAUCAUCACUGAGGCACAGAGAUGGCAAAUCUCGUAGACGCAGUUGGUGUUCUCGAGGUUCUACUCAGAAACUGCGAUGAUUGAGAAACGUACUUCUGGGAAGAUAUAACAAUGCCUGAAAUUGCAUCAGUGAGUGAUGAAGAGUGUCCUUCUCUCUUUAGCAGACUCCUUUCACCAGCGCUUGGGUUAAAAGAAGCUCGCCUGAGAGUCAGCGGAGUGGUGCAUAUGAUCGAGCCUUUGGAAGAAUCAGUGAUAUCGGAGCUUAGAACAUAUCUCGUCAGUAACAUUGAGCAACGUGUUAAGAGCGUUCUAGGCACCGAAGAGGACUUGCAGGUAUUUUGGAUAAGGAUGAAGAUGAUGACAGUGUGGCGGACACCGAAUAGACCACAGCAUGGGUACACCCGAAUAUGAUUUUGAAGUCAUCGAUUUCUUUCCGCAUCUUAAUGGAAACACGGCAUAUAAAGUGACUUUUUGCUUUUCCUUUGU